AUGUCCGUCUCAAUCUUUAAUCCUCUUGGAGGAUCCCGGAGCCUUCGAAGUUCGACAGCCUCAAGCAACCUGAAGCUUACUGCAAGCUCCAACGCACAACCUCCAUCUGGCCCUUCCUACGUCGCUCUCUUCAUAACCAAUUUGCGACUCUUGGAUUUAGAUUUGCGAGAUGACUGGCCAGAUAUUAGCGCGGUGACAUUCUCCACCAAGGAUGCGCAACAGAAUCAGAAGAAGCGUAUACAAUGUGUAGAAUGGGCUUUAUUUCAUUUGUUUGCAAUCUGGGAUCCAGAAGAGACUCGCAAUAAAUUACAACCAUUUUUCCCACCCCUCGAACCUCUCCAGUCCCUCAAUCUGCGUACCGCAUUGUUUCGAUGUCUCGAUCAGGCGAAGAAGAAUGGAGUCCUUGGACGAGAUACGGUUUUGAGAAAGACGAUGCUAGACGAAUGCAAGGGCGAAAGACUGGAGGAGAUUUUGGCGGUUUUUUCGAAUGUCGUUUUAAAGAAAGCUGUUCAAAAUGACACCUCGGGACGAUACGAGGCUCUUGCCCAAGGACUGGCAUUGGAGAACUUUUCGUACACUGGAGAGAGGACAAUACUUUCAGCCUUGAUUUUAGCACACAAAAAAUCUUUGCGAAGGCAUAUUGACGAGAAGAAUAAUUUGAGGGCUAAAUAUACCGAGUUUUCCAAAAUACUUGACCUCAGCGAGGAACGAACCUCGAAAAGGAGAGCGGAGCUGGACCAUGAUAAAAUUGAAGGAGAGGGCCACCCUGAGUUGUCUGACCGAGAUUUGAGAUCGUUACAGAACAGGGUUCGCAAGAAUUGGUCAGGUAGCAAUGAGUGGCUGGAAACGAUCCUUUAUGGAGAUAAUAGGCCUGGUCGGGAGGGAUUAUUGGCCAAGCGUUUUGAUAUUCUCUGGGACCAAAUUGAGGCUGGAACGGUUGCAGAAAUAGAAGGAAAGAAUGACGCUGGACUUGUUGAGCGGUUGGAGGCACGGGUGCAAAAUCAGGAGAGUCGUUUGGCAAGAUGGCAAGAAUUCGGUCGGACUUUGACUAAAAAUGGCACAAAAUCACCCACCAAAAAAGUUCAAGCAGCUUCCGUUGAGGCAAAGGGUAUAAAACUCGGUUUCAAUGAUCACCAGAAAUUACAAAUCGGGAAGUACACAACAGGAAAUCCCACAGUCGCGGACAUCCCUAUUCGAGAUGAAUACGUCCGCUUAAUGGAAAGAACUCGCAAUGCGCUGCAUGAUGUAUCCAAGCCAAAAGUGCUUUCCAGGGAAAGCCUGAUUCCACGUGGCUCAAGACACAAGUUCAUCCAACCUUCAUUGGAUUCACCCCAAGGGUCAUGUUCAUCAACUAAUCAGGAUGGAGACGCCGACUCCUCUACAGAUCAUUCAUCUACCUUGAUGGCAAAUAUCGAUGGAGUUGUAGAGUUUUCAACCCCUCGCGGCCAUGGUGACGCAUCAAUCAGCACACCACGUUCAAGAAUAUCUCGCAAACCAAUCUCUACUGUGACUUCAUCAAUCCUUUCAGCUAAGCAUGCCUCGAACGAAUUAGACACCGCCAGCGAAAGGUUAUCCCAGGUCACAACUUUUGCAUCAGAUACAGAAAAUGAUUACAUGUCAACCACUCCCAGCGCCGUGAGAUCUUCCGGCCGCCCAGCUUCCAUCGUCAAAACUUCAAUCGUCAAAGCUUCAGACCAGGAAUAUGGCGCGGGCUCGGUCGAAACGCCCAAACCGAUCCAAAGGAGACAUACGACAACAUCACAAUCGAGUCCAUCCCUCUCUCAAUCUAUUCAAACGUCGGAACCAUCCCUCGAUUCUGUUCCGGAGCUCAGUCAGGCAGAGCAGAUUCUUAACUCCAUGUCAGCUGCAUCCCCAUCCCCACAAAAAAUGCAACGCUCUUUAUCCUUAGCAGAACGUACUCGUCUCACCAUGGCUCGCUCAAACCCAAGGUACUCAAAAGCCGAUUUCAACGAUGACUUUGAUGAUUUGCCAGAUGUGAGCCGCCUCACUCUGAACCCCAAGCUCAAGGCCACAUCUGCGAAAACUUCCGCGGCGGAAGAAGACAAGCACGCAGACUUGAUAGAACGCACGCGUCAGUCUAUGGCAGGCUUUGAGGCAGCCCAGAAGAGGGCACAGUUAGAGCGAAGGAAAAGUAUCCAAGACGAAAAGAGAAAGCAGAGACAAUCACAUUUCCCCAAGAUUGUACAAGAAGAAGAGGAACCACUACCUCAAGCGACGCCGACCAUCGAUAGAGAGGUCUUGAUGGACGGGGAUGUAGAUUAUGCUAGUGUCUUUAUGAGUAGACCAAGAAUUGCUGUAAGUCCGACCCCAGCAAAGGAUAAAAUGAUUUCAUCUAUGAUUGAGAGUGGAGAUGAGGAUAGUGAGGAUGAUGAGGAUGAGGAUGAGGAUAUCAGCGUAACUAUGGGUAUGGAUGCGGAUUACGCGAAUGCGUUUAUGAGUAGACCUAGAAUUGCUCUAAGCCCAACACCAGCAAGACAUAACAGAAUCAUGAUGGAAGGUGAAGCGGAGGACGAAGGAGAAGCUGUAAAUAUGUGGCACGACCUAUGA